AGCACCACAGUCAGCUCCAAGGAACAGUGAGUGACCAUCUCCGGAUAGAAGUUUGUAUGCAAAGCUCAGCGAAAAGAAUUGCUGUCUGGACAUAAGUCCAAAAAUUUGAGAUUUCACUCAUUCUCUUCAUAUUUGAGAGUUCAAUUUUAGCAGAAAAAUUUUGUAAACUGGCUGACACAAAUAUGGUCAGUCUCCGGAACAAACUUCGUCGAAUCAAAAAUCGGCUGGUGGAAAACAGCUUCGAUAACCUGCUGUGGCUGGUCAUGGUCGGACCAAGCUUAGUUGGAUAUCAGAUCACCAGGAAAAAUAUAUUCGUCCCUUUCUGGAUCAUCCAUCUAUCGCUGCUUGUCUACGUGUAUGUCGUGGGCAUCGUGGUCUACCAAGCCAACUAUGCGCAAGGGGCCAGCGACUACAUAAAGAGUUACGUCAACGUUUCCAUCCUAGUAUUUAUAGUGAACAACAGCUACUGGUGGAUAAAGAAAAGAGAUCUUUUAAAAAGUGUACUUAAAAAAUCUAAAGAGAGUGACACAAGCACCAUCCAAGCCGGAUUAUUCGUCGACAAAUAUGAGCGCUCCUUAUCCAUGAUCAAGAGAAUACUGAUUGUUUUCUAUUCCGUCAAUACGAUCAACGAGUUUACAUCGUAUUUGCCGAAACGUGUUGAUCUGAACGCAGAUACCUUCGCAAUGACACCAUGUGUUGGCAUUGAACCACUGACGUCGUCUCCACAACGUGAAGUCUGUAUAGCACUGGCAACAAUUCAAGAAAUAACUAUUCUCAAUACUACACACAGUUUCCAGUCAAUGAUGCUUCUCCUCAUAGCGCAUACUUCUGUCUUGUAUCGAUUGCUUUCCGAGGAAAUCAUGACAUUCAGUACGCUGCUUGCCGAUCCAGCAAACUAUGAUUUCGUGAAACGAAGACUGUCUGUCAUUGUAUAUCGUCACGUGCUUAUUUUGGACAUAACAAAAGAUCUGAGAGCCUUAUACAGUAUACCAAUGGGAAUCAACUUCGGUUCAAAUGCAGUGUGCAUGUGCUUUUUCUUCUUCUUAGAACCUACUGAAUAUUUUAGUUUCAUGCCGAUAGUCGUGUAUUGUUUCAUUGUGUUCUUCUUGUACUGUUUUCUUGGGCAGAGGCUGACCAAUGCCGCAGAGAUGUUCUCUCAGGCGGUUUAUAACAGUGGCUGGGAGAUGAUGCACGUAAAGGAACGGAGGGCAAUUUUUUCUAUGCUGCUGCAGUCUCAGAAAGAAGUUGAUUUGCUUGCUGCGGAUUUAAUUCCUGUUAACAUGAGUACUUUUGCUACCACCUGCCAGGCUAUGUAUAAAUUUAUCACUGUUUUUAAAUUGUAA